AUGAAGCCACUGUAUUUGGUGUUUGGCCUUUGGGUUCUCAUAGGAUGCUUCCUGUCUGGUGAGUGUCACAGAGGCCCCAGAGGACAUGAUCCUAGACGACGACCACCACCACCUCCUCCUCCUCCUCCCCCUCCCUUUGGUCCAGGAAUUGGUCAACCACCCCCUCCACAUUUUGGUCCAGGAUUUGGUCCACCCCCUCCUCCUCCUCCUCCUCCUCCUCCCCCUCCCUUUGGUCCAGGAUUUGGUCCACCACCCCCUCCUCCUCCCUUUGGUUUUUAUCCUCCUUAUAUACCACGUCCUCCACACCAUAGACCUCCAGCCAAUCCUCCUACAAGGCCUCCUCCAAGCAAUCCUCCUUCUCGACCUCCUCCCACAGUACAAGCAAAUACAAUACCAGCUGCCAAUAUCUCUGUAACUACUGGUAUUGCCCCAAAUUCCACUAAUAAUUUGUAG